GUCCUGUUACGCUUGUGCAAGCCUUGGCCUAGUGGUGGAGCAAGAACACCGCUGAGAAAUUUGGAAAUCACGUUUUUUGACUGUCUUACCCCUUCCCAUUCUUGCAGAAAAUGCCACCACUUUCCAAUUUUAAGCGUGUCCAACAAUGGGCUACAUUUGCAAGGAUGUGGUACUUAUAUGACGCAAAAUGGCAAAAUCCAUUUCAAUCUGCAGAAAUGAUCGCGGACGUGCUUGCUGGUAAACACAAGCCGAUUUAUCAUCCUUUGAACAACUGCGGCGAUCACGUUGUUGUAAUCAACACGAAUGACAUUGCAAUGCCUUGGUACGAGUGGAAGUACCGUAUGUACUACCAUCACACGGGAUUCGCUGGAGGUGAAUCUUGGACUGCUGCGUGGGAGCUGCAAGACAAAGAUUCGACAAAGGUCUUGUGGAAAGCUGUUUACAGAGCGUGCCCUGGCAAUUUGCUCAGGAGACCAAAGAUGGCUAGGCUACACCUUUUUCCGGACGACAAAAUCCCUCCUGAAAUUGCAAAGAAUAUAUCUGGGCAGCUACGGCAGCUUAGACCUGUACCGAAGAAACUAAGUGAGCACAGCAGCGAGGAGAUUGAAAACUUUCCGAAGCUGUUCGAUUACCCCCACGAUUACGUUGUCAAAUGAUGCAUCAGAGUUGAUAGUAGUAGUCAUUUCCUUACAAUAAAGGGCGGCCUUACCCUCCUA